AUGAGGCCCAUUGCUCGUUACUGGUGGAAUGAUGGGAGCAUUGGCGUUUACACUUGUCUCUUUCAAAGACACAUGAUCCAUUGUUUUGGCAGUUUAAACUCUCUGAUUUUGCUGACCAUGGCUGUGGACCGAUACCUGGCCAUCUGCUUUCCUCUCAGAUACUCCAUGCUGAUGACAAUCCCAACCAUGUCGGUCCUUACAGUCCUCUGUUGGGUCACGGCUCACAUCUUUCCUGGCUCUGGCUCCAGCUAUAUGACCCAGAUGUCAUUUUGUGGCCCCAAUCAAAUCCUGCAGGCCUUCUGUCACACUGGUUCUUUAGUUGCUUUAGUUUGUGGAGACUCAAGCUAUGUGUACUCUGCCUCCUAUACAUCAGCAAUGAUAAUUCUUUAUGUUACUUUAGGCUUCCUCAUCUUCUCCUACUUUUGCAUUGUAGUUACAGUCCUGCAGAUGGGCAAAAAGAAGACUUUUUCCACUUGUGUCACUCAGGGAUUUAUCAUUUCUAUCAACUACUUACCUCACUUUUUUGUCUACACUGCACCGUACAUUCCUAAUUUUCAAAUGAUCAUGACAGGCGGAUGGUCACGAUUCUUUUCUACAGCUUUUCCCCCCAUUGAUAAACCCAUUUGUCUACUGUUUCAGAACCAUAGAGAUCCAAGAAACUUUCAGACGGUGGAUUCUGAAACAUAAAACCUUUAAGUGUCACCCUGGACUAAAUGUAACUGUCCCUGACUUACAUCAAGAUUUAUAUAUUUUGUGCACAACAUUAUUUUUGGACUUUUUAUGAAAYACUGAUUGUUUUACAGUUUAGCCAGAAGAUGGCAGCAUGUUCAAUGUUUUUGUUACAGGAUGUCAAACAUGAAGCAGUAAAAAUCCUGUCCUGUUUCAUCGCUGCACAUUUUAGUUCAUGUAAAACUCACAAAACUUCUGAACUGAAUGUUUAUAAGAAGCAGUUUUAUUAAAGUAGUUUAGAACAGGUCUGGUCAUGUCGGUUUACCUUAUAUCCGUCCGGCUGCUGUAAAUGUCAAACACAUUUCAGUGACACAGCAAUGUUUUUAUACUCUUGUUCGAAGCAGCCUCGAUGGGAUGAAACAGAACAAACAACACAACGGUUCUUUCUGCAGCUUGACCUUGAGAGGGAGGCUGUGUUCAUGUUUGGUAUCUGGGCCUUGUUAAAGCCCAGUGGGCUCAGCAUGAAAACAGGUGGGAGGGGAAAAAAAAGAAACUUCACUGAUGCAGAAGAAUCAUUUGUGAACGAAUUUCCUUUUCAGACUACCUGCGCCUCUUUUUACUUAAAACAACCUACAGAUGAAUAAAACUUUUAGCAUUUAAUGAGGAGUUAAAUAAAAAAAAAAAAGCUCUCAUGAUGGCGAACUAAACCAUACUUUGG